AUGAAGACUACCCGUCUUGUCUCAGGUUGCCCGAACAAGCGUCUAAUAUACAAUGCGGCCGCUUGACAGCUGUAUAGUUUGAGGUGCAGAGGUCACUUUUUGUUUGAUGUUUUUGGAUGUAAUGCACACUGCCGAUGAUCGCCGCCUUGACCGAGUGUGUGUCAUCACAGAGGGGAGGCUAGACGUGUCGAAAGAUGGACAAAAAUUGUUCGCGAUCGAAGCAGGGGAAGUAUUCGGAGAGGUGGCGCUGCUCUACAACUGCACGCAAAUCUACUCCGUCACAGCACAGUCGGACAGCAAGCUGUGGGUUAUCGAGCGCAAGAGUUACCAGACUGUGCUCAUGCAGAGUGGCCGCGACAGCCUCACGCGUACGUCGGAGCUGCUGAGCAGUGUUCCCUCUCUGCUGUCCUUGCCAAAGGAUGCCAUCAUGAAGAUGUGUGAUCUCAUGGAGGAGGCUCGCUACACUCAAGGCGACUACAUCAUUCGGCAAGGCGCCACAGGGGACACCUUUUAUGUCAUUAACAAAGGCCAGGUGAAAAUCACAGAAAAGAAGACAGGGGAUGAAGAGCAAAUCCUCUCCAAGCUCUCGGAGAGGCAGUGGUUUGGAGAGAAAGCUUUGUGGGGAGAGGAUGUGCGUGCUGCGAAUGUCAUCGCGGUCAGUGACGUUGCGUGUCUGCUCAUCGACAGAGAGACCUUCAGUGAUAUCCUUGGAGGGAUGGUGUUUGACAGCAGUCUCGAGACGCAACAGAAGACCGGAUGCAAAGACGAGCCAGAAGUCAAGGAUCCUGCCUCGCUCGCAUCCUCCACCUUAAGCGAUUUCCAGAUAAUCAGCACUCUAGGAGCAGGGGACUUUGGUCACACAGACCUGGUGCAAUUCAAGAGCAAUGUCAAGGAUCUUUUUGCCAUGAGGGUCCUCGACAAGAAGGCGAUUAUCCACAACGGCCUGCGAGAGCACGUCGCGAGAGAACGGAACAUCCUAAUGGAUGCCGCAUGUCCAUUCCUAGUCAGGUUGCACAAAACCUUUCAAGAUGCCGAGUGCCUCUACAUGUUGACCGAGGCUUGUCUCCAUGGGGAUCUUUACAGCUUGCUGAAAGACAAAGGCUGUCUGGACGAGAGCAGCACCAAGUUCUACACGGCUUGCGUGACGCAGGCCUUGACCUUUCUCCAUGCUCGAAAUGUCGUCUAUAGAGAUGUCAAGCCUGAAAAUAUUGUUUUGGAUGAACGAGGAUAUGCCAAACUGGUUGGCUCCAAAUGUUUGAAGAAGAUUGAAGUGGGUAAAAAGACAUACACCUUCUGUGGCACUCCAGGCUACAUGGCCCCUGAAGUCAUCUUCAACAAAGGCCACAGUGUAGCUGCAGACUUUUGGUCUUUGGGUGUUUUUGUGUUUGAGCUCCUGACUGGUGGGAUUCCGUUCAACGACGUUGACCCGAUGAGGCUCCUCAGCGAGACCGUGCGCGGCAUUGAUAACAUCGACUUCCCUAAAGCAAUCAGCAAGAUUGCCUCCAGUCUCAUAAAGAUGCUGUGCAGGCACAAUCCCUCGGAGAGGCUAGGCAGUCGAAGAAACGGGGCCAAGGACAUUCAGAAGCACAAAUGGUUUGAAGGAUUCAACUGGGAUGGACUAAGUAAAAGAAUGUUAAGUCCACCGCUCAGCCCCAAAGUUAAACACACUUGGAAUAGCAGCGGUACAUGUGCUCACUAUAGAGGAGAUGCAGCCGAGCUAUGCACAACAUGGCAGGACUUCUGAUGAUGGAUGAACUUUUUUUUGGGGGGGGGCGGGGGGUCUAAUCGUCAAGAACAAUUCACUCACUGCCAGGAAAAACAUAUAUUUUAUAUUAUCACCAGAUUAUGUUUGAUAAGGAACACAUGGUUGUCUCCAAUGAGCACGUUUCAUUCUUUUGUUAAAAACAAACAAACACACACACACACACACACACACACACACACACACACACACACACACACACACAUAUUUGUGAUGUCAUCGCAGUCGGAUGCAAUAAACAACUCCAGCUCCA